UGUGAUUGUUCACACGGGAAGUUUGUGUGACUUUUUUAUUGUUAUUCUAAAGAUUCGUUUCAAGGGCACUUCAGGUGAUUUGCGGGUGCAGCACGCCGCUCUCUGGCCACUGCGUGAACAGAAACUCCUCACAAGACGCAAACACUGGGGUCACGUGAUCAGGCAACCGCAAGCGAACGCGAAUCGUUGUCGGUGUUAGUGUCGCCUCCUCGCGCCGUGUCGCCGGGGUUCGCACCGCUCGCUCGCGCGCCGGACAUGUUCCUGCUCCGGCAUGUUCGCGUUGCUCUAAUGGCCGCCGCUGCCGCCUUCGGAGCCGCUGUGUUCCUGACCAUAAACUUCUUCUACAAGAGGAGAGUGUGGACACCGGAAGACUACUGCGUCAUUAAAGAGGAGGAAGAGGAGCACAGACAGAGGCAGGUCCUCGUCCUCGGCUUAGACGGUGCUGGGAAGAGCAGCGUUCUGCAGCAGCUGAACGGCGCAUCUAGCAAAAGAAAGUGCACCCCAACGCGUGGCUUCAACUUCAUCCGUCUCCACACACCCGCCUGCGACUUCGACUUCCUAGAAAUUGGAGGCGGUGAGGAGUUGCGUGCGUACUGGGCCGAUUUCCUGAAGAGGGCGCAUAUUUUGUUGUACGUGGUGGACUCCUCGGACAGAAGACGCCUCUCUCUGGCUAAAGAUGAACUUCACCGCCUUCUCAGCAUCGACACGCGACAGCUUCCAGUUGUAAUACUGGGAAACAAACAGGACAAGCUGGACGCCGUCAGUGUGUCCGAGCUGCGUGACGCGCUCUCUCUGGGCUCGGUGCCGGAUCACAGGAAGCUCUUCCUUCUCCAGCUCAGCUCUGCGGGAGAAUCCGAGUCCUGCAGUCUCCAGAGUCUUCGCGAUCUGCUCAUCAAACUAGAGUCCGAUCAAAACUAGCGCGAUGUGUGUAAGGAGAACGAUGAUGUCUCAGGAUGGAAAAAGCUUGAUACAGUCGAAGGGUUUGUUGUAAAAACUCGGUGUUUCUCAGCAGGAUUGUGAGGCAGGGAUGAGGAGUAAAGGUCACACCACUUUAUCGUUCCGUAAACAACAAUAUAAACUAUUAUAAUCCGUCAAAUCAAGAUGUGUGGCGGACUGAGAAAACCCAUCGGAUAUCUCUGUGGCUAAUUUCUGAUUCUAAAUUCUGUUUUUCUGCUCAUAAUAUACCGUAAGACUGUUUUUUUCGUUCUUCUUUCCUUACUAACGCUCACAAUUACGGACGCGACGAGAAAACGGUCACAUGACUGAAACAGAGCAGUACUGGCCGAAUGACUCUCUCUUCACAUCUGAUGCUCCUGCCUCCGAAAAAUCUACAUUCUUACGUCUAAUCAGGUUGGGUAACCAUCCAGUUUAGCUCGAAAACCUUGCUAGCUGAGUUUGAUUUCCUCACGUAAGCCCGUGUAAUUUAGUCUGUAAUCCCAUCCCUUCUCUCAAAAUGUUCACGAUGCGGCUAGAGAGAAGAACAGACGUCAUCAAAGUUUUAACGUCCCGAUAACGGACAUUCACGACAAAAAAAAAUUAGCCGACGAAUCAGAACGAGACUAUCCGCCCUCUUCCACAUACACGAGCUCAAGCUCAGACGCCUACGAUCGGCCGGCGUCGUCCCGAUCGACAGCGGAGAGUUCGGCGGUGCUGGAAAGUUUGCGAACCCUUUCGAAUUUUCUAUAUAUCUGCAUAAAUAUGACCGACAACAUCCUCAGAUUUUCACAAUAAAAGUCCUAAAAGUAGACCAAGAGAACCCGAUUAAACAAACGAGACAAAAAUAUAAUACUCCGGUCAUUUAUUAAUUGAGGAAAAUGAGCCGAUAUUACAUAUCCGUGAGUGGCAAAAUGUGUAAAAACAAAUUCAUCACGAGUAGGAGAGACGACUGUGUGUGUGCGCGCGUGUGUGUGUGUUUACAAAGAAACGGCAAUAAUGUAGAGGAUUUGUUUUGAAAGUUACAUUUUGCAAGUGUUAUAUUACUCCUAUAUAUGGAGACACCCAGGGGGCACCCUGUGUGUGUAUAUAUAUAUAUAUAUAUAUAUAUAUAUUAUAUAUAUAUACACACACACAUACACACACACACACGAUAGUAAAAAUAUCAGUAUUUGAAGGGUUUUCCCAGGCCGCCACCCAAUCCAGGUUUGGGGAUACAAACUUUUACCAAGUAACUGUUCUAGUAAUUGCAUUUACGGAGUGUUCUUCGGCGUACGUGCACGUCUGUUUAGUUCUCUUGUUUCUAUACUGCACGAGUUCUGUGUUUUAACGGUCGAUACCUCAGACAGCUUGAUAAUGGUUACCUGGAGGUCAUGUAGGUUUGCAGUAAGGGUUGCACGAUUGUACAAACAUGCUUUUACUGUAUAACCUGUCAGGACCCGCUACAAGUCGAUGUUUACUCUUCCAUAAGGACAGUACUACUGAUUUAUAGAAACGCUCCAAUAUUGACCUACUGAUAUUUUAUUAAUGGUUAACCAGCUACGGGUUUAACCUGUGGAAGCCAGAUGACUAGUCACAUUUCGUCUAAGUACGUCAUGUUUAUAGUGUUUGUGUGUAUUUAAACUUUGUGAGGGUAUAAAUAGUGAGCACUGAACACAUAUUUUGUGAAUGAGUGGAGUGGAGUGGAGUGAUUACUGCUCGUAACAGAUUAAAAAAACAGAAAUUUCAUAUGUAGCUGAUCAGGAAGCACUACAGUGCCGAUGUUUGUUUCAAAUAUUAAAGUAUUGCUCUGAAA